AUGCGCGCACUGCUCCGCAACACCGCUUCUCAGAGUGCAUUUUGCAUAGAUUUGAAAGUUUUGCGCAAGAUGGUGAAGGGGAAACCUUUGCGCUUAUGCUCCCGAAGCCACAGCUGUGCCACCCUCUACGCUGGCCAGUCUUUCCUGGAAUCUCAACAGUCAUUUGUGAAGCAAGAGCCCGAGACUAUUGAAGAGGAUCUACGAGCAGCGGAGAAGCGUCUGGCAGUCCUCAAGCAGAAGGCCCGAAAGAUCGAAACGAUGACGGGUCUCGAGGAUCCGAAGGAGCUUCGAAAAUGCGGGGAAGAUGUGCUAGCAUCACCUGUGGUUCCUACGGAAGCACCUACACGGCCCCUAGCUACUCCUGCCCGUGCACCCGAGCGAGCACUGUCUUCCGAUGCGCAACCAGUCUGGGAAGCAGCCUUCCCGGGAUCUGAGGGCGAUCUUUCAAGUGCACAUGCUGCUACAGAAGCAGAUCUUGCUGGAGGACCAGGUCCAGGGCAGGAUCUUGGGGCACCCCGGGCUAUGGAGGCUGGGGAAGACUCGGACGAUGAGUUGAUUAUGGAUGUGGACUGUGACCUGCGGAAAGGGACGAUUCGUAUCACCGCCCGCGAGUACCGGAACUAUGUGAGCGAGGAUGUUGCUGAGAAAUGGAUGGAGAUUGUUAUCCGCAACAUCAAAGAGGGCAAGGUGGUAAUCGACAGCGGCUUCUACAGUGAGGCUGCUAUGAAAGCCGAGCUCAAGUUCGAUAAGGAUCGGAUCAAGGCCAUCAAGGAGUACUGCACGGCGAGCAGAUCUCGCCGCCGGGCUCUCACCAGGCGAGACAAGUACCAACGCCAUAUCGUGGAGUACUGGAUCGAUGUGAAAACCAGUGGAUCCCUUUCCAAGGCGAGCCGGGAAGAGUUUAGUCAGUAUGUCGAAAUCAUCGACGACAACCUCCAGCUACCACCGCCGCAAUUGGGCAACGAGGCCUUGCCCUGCUAUGAUGAAGAGGACGAUGAUGAUGAUGAUGACGAUGGUGAUGAGGAUGACGGUGCCGACCGCAGAGACGACAAGAGUUCGAAUGCUACCCCAGCGGGUAAGCGAAAGAGGCGUGGAAAGACCCCGAGCCCCAAAAGCAAGCUCAUGGCCAAGAGGAAACGGGAGAAGGAGGAAGAGGUCGAGCAUGCUCUGGAGGACAUCGAGAAGAUCCCACAAGUGCUGACAGAGCUCUUGAGGGUUCGCAUCAAGAUUGAUACCACCCUGGACAAGCUUAAGAAGACGGGUGAGAAGCUGCACGGCCAAGCAGAAGAGCUGAUGAAGCUUCACGACGAGCUGGCUGAACUCAAGGCCGAGAACGGCAAAGGGACCCCGAGUGAGAAGACCAGCCGUAUCACUAUGGAAGAGAAGAAGCUGAGAAGGACAGUUCUGCGCCCAGCGGGCAAGGCGAAGGCCAAAAGCAAGGAUGAGUCUGCGCAAGAGGAUGAAUCCGAUGUGCUCCUGAUGUCGGCGCCGAACCACCCGGACAUGCAUCGGCUGCCUUGGCGAAAGCUCGUGGUAUCAGACAAACUACUGUGCACCAUAGCUGCCGGCUUUAUGGACGAGUGCCGCGAGGUAUCGGACAUGCUACGAGUGUUGGCUGAGAAGGAGAAGCUGCCCCUUUUUUGGGGUAGCACGAAUCUGAAAACCCGUUCGGCAACACUGAAUGACUUCUGGAGCCGCUAUCGCAGCCACGAUGCUGCACACGCGGUUUUUCAGCAGCACGGCGAGCAUCUCGACCGAGUGUUGCCAUUGCAGAUCCAUGCAGACGAAGGGCAGACACUUAAGAAGAGUGGGGUCAUGGUCAUUAACUUCCAGUCGCCUAUGGGAUUUGGAAUAACCACUUCUACCGACAGCACCGAUGCCAUGGCUUUGAACUACAUUGGAAACACGUAUGCCACCAGGUUCUUGUACACUGUGUGCACGAAGCGUACAUAUGCAAAGAAGAACAAAUUCGUGCUGGAUUCCAUUAUAGAGGCUUUGGCUGACGAGCUAACGAACCUUUUUUACAAUGGUGUGUCACUCCAAGUUGGAAAGAAACGAAUGACCAUGUAUUUGGCUACGAUCGGUUUGAAAGGUGACUGGCCGGUGCAGGCACGCAUUGGUAAUUUGACACGUCACUUUGCCAGGUCGUGGUUCAAGGGAGCCGACACCAGAGCGGUGUGUUCUUUUGUGCAAAGUUUUCUUGAAAAUCACGUGGCUCAGCUGACAGCUCCGGAUCCGUACCUGGAAAGCAUGCUUGUGGCAUUUCGCUCGGCGAACACAUUCUUGGAGACUUUGUAUUCUUCUGGAUUAUGGCUGGCGCCUUCGCGUUGCAAACGGGCUGCACAAGCAGGCUUCGACUUCAUGAAAAGCUAUCAAGAAACUGCGCACGCAGCGCAUCAGAUGGACAAGACGCGGUUCAAGCUUACCCCGAAACUGCACGCCUAUUUGCACAUCAUCGAUGCUCUCGCAAGCUCUUUUGAAAAGGGCCGAAAGUGGACUUGGAACCCGCUCGCCGAUGCAGUGCAAAUGGACGAGGACUGGAUUGGACGGAUCGCGCUUUUGACCACUACGGUAUCGAUUCGCAGUGUGCACCCGCAAACAUUGCGAAAAUACUUGGUCAAUGCGGCCACGCAUCUUCGUGCUGUGAAGUGA